GCCAUGGAGCCCCGGGUUGUGAAGCCACCAGGGCAGGAUUAUAUAGUAGAGCGUCUCAAAAGCCGAUAUGGACUCGGAGGCUGCUGCUUCGGUCAGGACAUGAUUGAGUGUGGGCUGCUCAGAUGUAUCAAGAGUAUGAUUUUUUAAAUUUUGAUCAGGCUAAAUAUAAGAGAAGAUCUCUGACUUCCCCAGAUGAUUUGGAUAUCCACUCUUCUGGAGAUAAAGUUGGUUCCUUGAAAUGUUAUUCUGAUGAAAGAAAACUUUGUACAACACCUUUUUGCAGUUCAUUCAAGCACUUAAAUGUGAAUUGCCUAGAUGAUGAAUUGGAUUCUUUUCAUGAUUUGAAGAAUCGGGAAACAGAAGAAGUAAUUGAGAAUGAUCAUAGAGUUAGUACCUCCAAAAUAACCAAACAGUCUUUUAAAGAAAUGGAAAAAGUUGACCUGCCAACAGAUAGGGCCUCAUCAAGACCUCGGACUGAAUGUUGUGAUGUCGGUGACUCUUCUUUGAAAAGUGCCAUCUGUCCAAAAUCUAAAGUGUCAGACAAGCAGACUUUACUUCCACAUCAGAUAAAUCAGAUAUAUGAUGAGUUAUUUCAAAUACAUCUGAAACUGCAGUGUGAAACUGCAGCACAACAGAAUUUUGCUGAAGAACUUCAAAAGCGAGAACGUUUUUUAAUUGAAAGAGAACAACUGCUUUUCAGACAUGAAAAUGCCUUGAGUAAAAUUAAAGGUGUUGAAGAAGAGGUUCUUACAAGAUUUCAAAUUCUAAAGGAGCAACAUGAUGCAGAAGUUGAACACUUAACUGAAAUUCUUAAGAAAAGGAAUAAAGAAAGCAAGAGACUAAGAUCCUCUUUUGAUGCAUUAAAAGAAUUGAAUGAUAACUUAAAAAAACAGUUAAAUGAAGUAAGUGAAGAAAACAAGAAGAUGGAACUCCAGGCUAAAAGAGUUCAAGCUCGUCUGGAUAACUUACAGAGGAAGUAUGAAUUUAUGACAAUACAGAGAUUGAAAGAAGAUUCCCAUGCUGCUCAUGAAGUGAAAAGUAUAAAACAAGAAAAAGUAUCAGUUUCUAAAACUUCUAAGGUACCACUUAAUGGGCAAGUCUAUGAACUUCUAACUGUCUUCAUGGACUGGAUUUCAGACCAUCACCUUAGCAAAGUAAAACAUGAAGAAUCUGGUAUGGAUGGUGAAAAGCCAUUACUCAAAUCUGCUUCUCAGCAAAAUGAUAUUCAAGAAAAGUGUGUAAAGCUUUUGCCUAUGAUGACAGAGCAGCUACAGUGGAUGCCAUUUGUGAAUGCCAAACUUCACGAGCCUUUUGUAAAAUUUAUAUAUUGGUCCCUACGGCAGCUAGAUGGAGGAACACAGCAUUCAACUAUGACAUCAACAUUGAGAAGACUGGGUGAAGAUAUUUUUAAAGGAGUGGUAAUUAAAGGAAUUCAGGAUAAUUCUUCAGAACAUUCUGUGGAAAAUAAACCAAAGACAGCUGCUUUCUUUAAGAACUCCAAUUUGCCAUUGAGAUUUUUGUCAACCUUAAUUGUUCUCAAAACAGUCACUCAAGCUGAUUACCUGGCUCAGGCAUUUGAUUCUCUCUGUUUGGAUUUGAAGACAGAUGAAGGGAAAACAUUGUUUUUGGAGUAUCAAGCAGUUCCAGUAAUAUUAGGUCAUUUGAGAAUAUCCAGUAAAGGACUCCUAUCCAAUGUCAUUGAUAGUUUGCUUCAGAUGACAGUAGAAUCUAAAUCCUUGCAGCCUUUCCUGGAAGCCUGUAGCAAUACUUUAUUUUUUCGUACUUGUUCUGUACUGCUUCGGACCCCUAAGCUUGAUCUUCAAAUCCUAGAAAAGCUCAGUAUUAUUCUACAGAAACUUUCUAAAAUCAAGAGUAAUAAGAAGCUCUUUGAACUUUUUACAAUUCACCUGAUGCUUCAAGAAAUACAAAGGACAACACAUCCAGAACAUGCCUUUCUCUGUAUUAACUUAAAUUCAACUCUGUUCAAUUUGGGUUUAACAAAAUGCAACUCCCUGGUCUCCAAUGCAAGCCAUUAGCCUGGCUUAUUUUUAUACAAAUACUGUGUUGCUUAUUUGUAAAAGUGAAAAAUCACUAAAGUAACUAAAGUUCUACCAAUAAAGUUACCAGUAGCAUCAUUAUCAUGAAAGAUAAGUAGAAAUUUUUUUUCAACUUUUUAAAUGAAAUCUAAAUAAAAUGGAAUUUUUGUAAUGUUUCAGUUUAUCUAAGGCAGUGCUGAUAUACAAGAUGGCAUUUGCAGAAUUUAUGACACUGGGGUUACUUUUUAUAAAAGUAUUUUAGGAAGAUUCUUAAAAUUAUGUGAUUGUUUGGAAUAAAAUUGGUGCUUCUGUGGGAAUGGUUCAACCAUGUUGUCAUUUUGUUUUCUUACUAUAGUAGAAUCCCUCCUUUUGGAAGCAAAAGUACGUUUCUCUCUCCCGCCCCCUCUCUUUUUGGUGGUGCUAAAGAGCUAACCUAGGGUCUUCCACAUGUUAGGCAAAUGCAGUAACACUGAGUUACACCCCUAGCCCCAAAGUACAUAAUUUUAAGUAUCAUUUCAAUAUCACAGCUAUUCAAUAUAGCCUAGAUUUGCAAAUUAUUUUUUAUAGUGCUGCUUACAGGGUACCUUAGAGAAGGAAAUUUAAAAAUAUUUUUCAUAAUAAUUUAAUUAUUACUGAAGCAUGUAUAUACAAUGUAAAGCAUUUUAAAAACAACAGUAAAAAAAA